UCCCAGCUACCCCAAUGGCGGCCUAGGCAGAUCAAAGGGGCUCAAUUUAGCGUUGGUCGCUCUAUGGUACGAGGGGAUAUAUAUAUGUAUUUGUCCUAAAAUGCCGGUCGACCCUUGUGAACAAGGAAUAGUGAGAUCAAUUUGCGUUUAUUUCAAAUUCCAUAGUUCGAAUUCUUCAAAUUGGAUUGCUGUCCUGAAUCAAGAUUUUUCCAGAUAAAGUACGAGAAUGCCUGCUGUUGAUUUGCCAAAUAAUUUUGAAGAUCACAAAAUGGAGUCUCUUAGAAAGAGAGUUAAGGAUCACCAUAUUGCUAUGGGGCUUCAGACCAAGGAAAAAUUCCAAGAAGUCUUGUCAGAAUUAUACUUCCUUCAGAGUGGUGGCAACAUGAUGGAUUUCUUGAGUUGGAAAAGGAAGCCUCCAACUGCAUACUUUGAAUUUGUAAAGACUCAGCCUCUUGAACUUCAAAUCCCAGCUACAGAAGAUUCUCCUUUGUUUAUCCCGCCAAACACAACUGAAUCCCCUGGACAAAAAAAUCCAGUUCCCACAGUUGUAACUAAAACAAGCACUCCAGUCAAACUACCAACUAAUGUGCCAUCUAAAAAUGCUGUGUCGGCAAGUCUUCCAACCUUUCUUCGUGCACCAACAACACCCCAAGUUGGAAGGCCACCAACUACUGUUAUGACUCCAGAACAAAUUGUAGAAAAAGCUAAGCAAGAGGCUCACGUUGUGCAAAGAAUAGCAGAGCUCCAGCGUGAAGGGCUCUGGUCCGAAAAACGGUUGCCGAAAGUGGCAGAGCCGCCUCGAGCAAAAUCGCAUUGGGACUAUCUUUUGGAAGAAAUGGUUUGGCUUGCGGCUGAUUUUGCUCAGGAACGUAAAUGGAAAAAAAAUUCAGCGAGAAAGUGUGGCAGGAUGGUUUUGAAGCACUUUCAAGAUAAGGCGGCCGCUGCCGCAAAAGCCGAAAAGGAAGAAGAACAGAGACUUAGAAAGAUCGCGUCCUUUGUUGCAAAAGAAAUUCGUACAUUCUGGUCAAAUGUUGAAAAGUUGGUUGAAUACAAGCAACAGAUUCGUUUAGAAGAAAAGCGGAAGCGAGUCUUGGAUCAACAUCUUAAUUUCAUCGUCAAUGAAACCGAAAAGUAUUCGUCUUUGCUCACCGAAGGUCUGAAGCAACCACAAGAGCGGAUCACCGAAGUGAAAGCUGAAAAGCUACGCGAAUCUGAUGGUGAGUUUGAACCUGAUGACACCACAUCAACAGAUGACGAGGAAACUAUAGCACAAGAAGAAACGCUGGACUCGGUCGAUGCAGCCAAAAACAAUGACAGAGAAAAGGAGGAAAUCGAUGCCCUGAAAAGAGAAUCUGAAAUUCCGCUUGAAGAUAUCCUUGAUAACCUUCCGCCUGAGUACCUGGAAAGUUUAGGCAAACGUGAAGUCGAUGCUGAUGGAACUGAUGAGGAAAAAAUGUCUGACGACGAGUACGAAUUGAACUCGGACGAAAGCGAAGGAGAUGAUGAAGAAACAAUUGAUCAAGCAGAAAAAGAAGAAGUGGAAUCCAGAGCCGACGAAUUGUUGGCAUUAGAGGCUGAAAAGGAUAUGCCCAUCGAAAAACUUCUGGCCAAAUAUAGUGGUAGCCCUAAUUCCCAUCUUGUCGAUAACGAAGAUAUGGAAGAAGAAGAAGAAAGAGGUGAAGACAUUGGUGAUUCUGAAGGUGCAUCGGAUUCCGAAGUUGAGUUUGAAGACGAUUCCAAAGACAACAUGGAAGUUGAUCAUCAUGUAAAAGAAAGCCUCGGGAUUGAAUCUCUUUUGGAUGACUCUCUUGGCGGCCAGGACGUUGCCACUUCCAAGCUGUCCGACGCGGCUGCUUUAGCCGAAAGUUUCCAGCCUAAAGGAAACACACUAGAAUCAACAAAGGUGAUAGCCAAAGUGCCAUUCUUGCUCAAAUACCCAUUGAGAGAGUACCAACAUAUUGGCCUUGAUUGGAUGGCCGCAAUGUACGAACGAAAACUUAACGGUAUUUUAGCUGAUGAGAUGGGUUUAGGCAAAACUAUCCAAACAAUAGGUCUUCUAGCUUGGUUGGCAUGUGAAAAAGGUAUUUGGGGACCACAUCUGGUUGUCGUUCCAACUUCGGUGAUGCUCAAUUGGGAAAUGGAAUUCAAAAAAUGGUGCCCCUCUUUCAAGAUCCUGACUUACUACGGAAGUCAAAAAGAUCGGCGCCAAAAACGAAUGGGUUGGACAAAACCGAAUGCAUUUCACGUCUGCAUUACAUCCUACAAGCUAGUGAUUCAAGAUCAUCAGGCAUUCCGUCGGAAACGGUGGAGGUAUUUCAUACUCGAUGAAGCACAGAACAUUAAGAACUUCAAGUCACAACGGUGGCAAUUGCUUCUGAAUUUUCAAUCCCAACGGCGGUUGCUUCUUACUGGCACUCCUUUACAGAAUAACUUGAUGGAGCUCUGGUCGUUAAUGCACUUUCUUAUGCCCGACAUAUUUGGAUCUCAUAGAGAUUUCCGGGAAUGGUUCUCCAAUCCUGUUUCUGGCAUGAUAGAAGGCAAUGCAGAAUACAAUGAAUCCAUCAUUCGUAGAUUGCACAAGGUUCUUAGACCAUUUAUUCUGCGCCGACUUAAAAGCGAAGUUGAGAAACAGAUGCCUCAAAAAUAUGAACAUGUCGUUAUGUGCCGCUUGUCAAAACGGCAGCGUUACCUGUACGACGACUUCAUGUCCAAAGCCAAAACAAAAGAGACACUAUCAACAGGCAACCUUUUAAGUGUUAUAAACGUCCUCAUGCAGUUGCGAAAAGUGUGCAAUCACCCGAAUCUUUUCGAACCUCGGCCUAUUGUUUCUCCUUUUCAAAUGGAUUCAAUCGUUUACCAUACAGCUUCACCCGUUUAUGGGCUCCUUGAUUACAAUCCCUUUGAGCACAUAAAUCUUCAUACGUUGAAUCUGAUGCUUCUCGACUUGGAGUUCACCAUGACAGCUUAUACGGCUCACAGGAUCCGAAAGUUCCAAGUGCCCGCGAAACUGAUUGAGGAGAUCGAUAGAGCCCCCCCUCUCCCCCCUCUUUGUCCUCGAGGGAAGCUGCGUUUGCACGUUACGACGAACAGGCAACCACAGGCACAGCAAGGUCAGGGUGCAGGGAGAGGUCUCCCUGUAACAAGACCGUGCCCUGCAGUGGGAGUGGUGUCCAGACCAGGAACUAAUUCUGUGCUUGGAAAUGCUGGGGGCGUGGCUUCCCCUCAGCAACCUCGCCUUGGAGCUCCUGCUCCUUUACUAUCCUCUUCUGCUGCCGCGGCUGCUACAAGUGGAGCCCUCACGCGCCCUCCGUUACAAGUUCACUUACCGCAGCCAACAGGAACGAUGAAUGCAAUUUCUUCAUCUAGUGCUUCAACAGUGGCAUCCUCAUCGGAUGUACCCGUAAAGGAUAGUGUUAGGGAAAAAAUUUCUGGAUCCGUAGAUGGAAGGUUAAACUUGUCUUCGGCCGUCGCUCAACAAAUCCUAAAUGUUGCAUCUAACCAAAACGACAACGCUUCAAAUGCUGGAUUGCGUUCCAAUCUACGCAACCUGAUAGCGGUUUCCAGUUCGUCAAACUCUAUGUGCAUAAAGCCAAGCACACCUCCCCCCGUUUCGGCAAUCGCGUCGCAACCGCGUGCUUCUCAAAAUGGGCCUGAACAUCCCAAUGGAUCUAAGAGAAGCAGCAAAUGGAAUUAUGACCGCAGUCUCUUUAAACAUAACCCUGUUGACGAAAAGAAACGGCAAGAGCGACGCGAUCGUUUGAUAUUCCUUGCUAAGCUGAAUAAAACUAAAUGUGAGGCAAGUCCAAUCUGGGGGUCUGACGUCAUCAUAGCGGUAACAACGACAUCGCAAACACGAUCAUCAAAAAUCGACGAAAGUGAUCGUGAAAUAUCCCAAGAGGCAUUGCCUUGGUCAAGGCGAGGGGAGUGUUAUCUUCAGUGUUUGAAAGCUACUGAACCUCUGGUGGGCCGACAAAAUUACGAAUCUCUAUGGUCUGAAACAAAUGCGAUAAGACGUAUGUUGCAUACCCCGGAGCAGUAUAUUGAUGAGUUAUCAGAUAUACUUCAAAGGUUUGUGGUGUAUACCCCGGCUGUGACAGCUCCACCAAUUGUUUUCCAUGCAUCCCAUCCUCCUCCUUCUAAGCUGUGGGGCAAACAGAAAAGAGAUUACGAUCUAAAAUCAAGUUUGUCUCCUCUCACCUCGAUCUUGCAUCCGAUCCAGUCGGCGAUGAUGACACAAUUUCCAGAUCCUCGUCUCAUUCAAUAUGAUUGCGGAAAACUACAAACGUUGGAUAAUCUUUUGAGGCACCUGAAGACGGGGAAACAUCGUGUUCUUAUUUUCACCCAAAUGACACGGAUGUUGGAUGUGCUUGAGGUCUUCCUUAACCACCAUGGGCACAUAUACUUGAGGUUGGACGGCACCACUCGCGUCGAUCAAAGACAGGUAUUGAUGGAGCGCUUCAACGCCGACCGCAGGAUUUUUUGCUUCAUCCUGUCUACUCGUUCCGGUGGUGUCGGCGUUAACCUCACGGGGGCUGAUACAGUCAUAUUUUACGAUUCGGAUUGGAAUCCUACCAUGGAUGCCCAGGCUCAAGAUCGCUGUCAUCGCAUCGGUCAGACACGAGACGUGCAUAUUUACAGGUAAGCGAUUCUGCCUUUUAUGUGUGAUUUCGUUAAAAUUUUGCUCUUUAUUUUGUGUAUUCUGUUUCUUCUGUGUAGACUGAUAAGUGAACGCACAGUUGAGGAAAACAUUCUGAAAAAGGCCAACCAGAAACGGUUGCUUGGCGAUAUAGCGAUCGAGGGCGGAAAUUUCACAGCAGCAACGUUCAAAAAGCAAACAAUUCACGACCUGUUUGAAGUGGAUGCUAAUGAAGCGGAUGCAUCAAAAAGAAUGGCGGAAGUGCUGGAUCGUCCGAAAACAGAAAACAGUGACGCAACUGCGUCGUCCUUAAAUUCCGCAAAUAACGUAUCUGAGGGCGUCUGUCCGGUGGCUCCCAACAAAGCUGCUCUGGGAAUUCUGGAAUCGGCCCUAGCUGCAGCAGAAGAUGAGACGGACGUUGCUGCAGCACGGAUCGUCCGAGCGGAAGCCGCUGCAGAGAUGGCCGAAUUCGACGAGUCUGCACCGUUAGGGGUUGGGGAGGAUGGCGAAAAUAACAUUGUUGAUGCUGAAAUCAACAAAGCAGAAGUAGAACUUCAACAACUUGAAGAACAGUUAACACCAGUCGAACGGUACGCUCUGAAAUAUAUGGAGAGCAGCGAAGAAUGUUGGAGUGCCGAACAGCUCCGUGCAGCCGAAGCUCAAAUUGAGGAACAAAAGAGAGCCUGGGAACUAAAACGUUUGGCAACGUUAACGGGGAAUGAUGACGAACGAGGAGUGCUGAAUGACUCCAACGGCGGUGUAACAUUGGAGCCCGACGAUGGACUACUCACAUACUCCCACCAGGAUUCUGUCAAUCAGAGGUGGAUAUCCAUGGACGGCCUGGAAGAAAUGCCAAUAUGGUGCCCUCCAACGCCCCCCCAAGAUGACAGUGAUGUUUACAUGGACUACACACUAAGCCACUUGUAUGACACUCGUAUCAUGGAAGAGGCUUCUUUGCCUCCGGUUUACGUACGAAAGGAAUUGAAACGACCACGCAAAGAAUCUGUCCAAGCUCCGCCUGAUGAUGGUCGACGACCAGCGAAAGUUCGCAAAGAAGAAACUGUGUACGCUCCUCGUUCGUUGUUCGAUCGUCCUUCACCUGCUUUAGCCAAGUUGCGGCGUGAUCUAAAGCUUCAAAAAUGCCGUGGCAUCGUUAGGCCACCUAUUCCACUGCCAAAUCUUACGCUGAAAACACCAGCACUACCCAUUCGCCCAAUAGAAGAAAACGAAAACACACCGGAGUGGCUCAUUCACGAGGAUUGGAUCCUGUUGCAGGCCGUGCAGAACUUGCUAGAACUUCCCUUGAAUCUCGUGGUUCUUACUCCAGCCCACACCCCCAAUUGGGAUCUAGUGGCUGAUAUGGUAAAUUCCUAUUCACGUUCCUAUCGCUCGCCGAAGCAAUGCCGGAACAGGUAUUUUCACGUGAUUCUACCCAGAGAAGAGGGUAAGGCCGCUAUCGAUUCCAGUCCCAAAAAAAUUAAAAAGACUAAAUCUCUGCAACCUCCAAUUCCCACCAAAACUGGGAAUAGGCAAAUGCGAACGUCUCAGCUUUUCGCCGCCGAUGGGAAUAAUUCCUUCACAACUGUUUGGCAUCAGAAAUUCGAAACGCUUAAAAGCAUUUUUCACAAGAAGGCUCCGACCAAUAGAUCAAUGUUAACCGGCAGUGGUGCAUCGGCGAACCGGAAUGCAACGAAUGCAAAGCAUGCACAAGUUCUUCAGGAAGCUGGUAUCUCUUAUGAUACGCCUCUGAAUCCGGUACAGGUUGCUGCUGUUCGUGCUGAAAGAAUUGCCCAGAAGCAGAAAGCAGCCGUUGCAAUGGCCGAACAAGUCCAGGUGCAACAGCAGCAACAAAGAUUGGCCAAUUUGACGACAGCGUCUCCCACUGUAAGUGGAGCUCCUGGGACGCCAAGCAGUCCCGCAACUACUGCCCGUGUUACGUCCACUGCCCCUCCAUCUACCUUAGCAGCCAAUCCUAUGGCUGGUGCUGCAGCUGUUUCGAGCCAAAUGGGGUCCACGGUUGUCGUGAACACGAUAUCCUCCACCUCGUCCUCAAACACGCAACACACGCUUCUGUUGCAAGGGUCGGGUGGCACCAAUAUCCAUGGAUCCCCGGUUCAGCAACAAGUUGUACUUCAAAGUGCAACUGGCAUACGUACGCAACGUCCGUUAGGUACUUUGACCGUUCAAGAAGUUGUUACUGGUGCUAGCCCGGUGCGUAGCCAACAACAGGCAGGUACACUAAUGUCUGGCAGUUCGGCUGCUGGACAGACUGUCGUCACCGUUGGAAACUUGACAGCAGUCCAAGUCCAAGCCGCAACCCAGAUGUUGGCGUCGGCCGGGAUAGCUGUCUCAGGGGCCGGCGUGUUGAACACAGUCACCACUACUGCGGCUGGAAUCAAUAAAGGAGCCUCUGUGACGCUAGUCCAGACAGGAGGGACGACAGUAGUCUCGCCGGCGACAGGGGCAACCAAAACACUGACACCGACUCAAUUACAGUAUUUACGACAACAGGCAUUGGCUAAACAACAGCAACAGCGGCUACAGGAGCAGCAAUUGAAAAAACUACAAUUAGUUACGGCCGGUGGUGUUGGGGCUGCAGGUGCUACGCAACAGCUUACAGCUACGGGAGUGACCACGACGGGUCAAAAACUCCCAUUGGUCGGAACCGUGGCCACUAGUUUGGCUGGAACAGCUUCAUCCUUAAGCUCAUUGAACACCGUACAAAUUGCCGGUCAAACCCCAACUGGAGCAAGAACACAGCUUCUUAAAGGAAAUGCAACUGCCGCUGCGUUACUCGGAAAAGGAGGAACUGUGGCAAGAGCUAUCGUUACCGAUUCCGAAAUGGCAGCGCUAAUCAAACGGCAACAACAAUUUCAACAGCAACAGAAAGCUGUCGCUGCCGCCAAUGCUGGUUCUUCCAAUCUUCAAGCUAACCUGGGACAACAGCAGACUGUUCAGAUUGGAGCAGGCCCAAAUACUACCGGAAUUACAACAGCUCAAUUCCUUGCGCAGGCUGGUCUCCAGGUUCAAACGGCUCCAGCAGCUGGCGGUCAACCUCAAGUCGCUACACUAGUUAAGACCGUUUCUACACCAGGCAGUAUGGGGGGAGCACCUAGCGUAACGAUUCCAGUUUCCGCUAUAAGUGUCGGGCUCCCUCAGGUGCAGAUGAAAGGAUUAACAGCAGCUGGUGUGAAGGCAGGAACUACAUCCCAACAACAGCUAAGGCAGCUCACCAUACAACAUCAACUCCUGCAGCAGCGUAAAACUCAGCAACAACAGCAAGCAAAGACGUCCCAUCUUGCACAGACCGUCACGUUAGGAACGGUAAAAGGAGUGCCUGGCCAGCAGUUGGCAACCGCGGUUGGAACAGUUCAGUUGGUGCAGCCCGUCGGGGGCAAUGCUUCAGCUGGUGGAGCUACGGUUGGGGGGGCCACUGCAGUUUCAAAACCGGGAGCCAUGAGCACCACUGUGACGAUGCAACAAUUGCAGCAAGUUAUCCGGCAAGUAACAGCUGGUAACGCCCAAGUCUUGGUAUCUUCGCCAAGCUCUGGUUCUGGCGUAAGCGGAACGGGUUUGCUUACGAAAAAUCAGCAAGGUCAAACUGUUCAGGCUAGAGUUAUUCCUGUUUCCCAACAAGGCUUGAAACAGACUAUUCAGGUGGUCACAACAGGCCAACCGGGAUCGGCGGGUGGAACGACGCGAGUGGCGACGUUAAAUGCAUCUGCUACGGGUGGUACUAUGAAUCCCAGCCUAGCAUCUGCAUUAGCUGCUGGAACAUGGAAAGUGGCUGGAGGAACUGAUGCUCAACAGAAAGCCCUGCUCUCCCAGGUGUCUGCAGCAUUACAGAGUGGCCAGCCCGUAUCAUUGGCAGUCCGCGCAGGGCCUAACUCUAGCGGUGGACAAACCAGAAUUCUGACUACUGGGACGACAUUUACCACUGUGACCGUUACAUCCGUUGCCGCUGCACCUAUAACAGCAACGACUCCGGCACCAACUGUCACUACCCCUAGCACAGCUACAGCUACCGUAGUUCCACAGCCAACUGUUGUGGCUACGGCACCUGGUACGGCGACUGUAGCAGGAACGACUUCAGGUGUUGUACCCGAUGUGGAAACGCUGGCUACUACUAACCCCAACAAUUCGUGAACAAAGACAAGUGUUUUGUUUCAAUUGUCAUUGAACCAUUUUAAUCACUUUCAUUUUUAUCACUUUUUUAAAGCAAACAUACCGUUUGUGAUUUAAUUUUCACUAUCAAAUCAGCCCUGUAGACUAAACAUGAUUGUUUGCUGUAUAUCGUGUUUCCAUUACAUGCGUUUAUGUCGUCAAUAAAUAAUACUGCAUCCAAAACGGUGUGCAUACCAACA